GGUUUCCCUCCUUGCGCAGCAUACGGCUUGGGCGGGUCUUUCAGCUCCUUCUCAUAAGGUAAGUGACUUUAGUUUCUCUGCCACAAGUGAAUGUGGGGCAAGGAGCUGAAACUUCCUAGGCGUUCCAGGGACUUGCCCUGGAAUUAGCCCUGUGCCCACGGUUCAGACAUCCCAGCUGUGCCCAGCGGAUCCCCGAGCAGCAGAGCCUUCGCGCCCGGUGUUCGCCCUCACUGGCCAGCCAUGCCCCGGCAACUCUCUGCAGUGGUGGUGCUCUCCGUGUCCCUGGCUGUUAUUUUACAUGAUGGCCCUCCAAUAAGAGCAACAGCAUUUCCAGAAAGCAGACACCAUCUUCAACCCACGGAAGUAGCAACAGGACAGAUCACAGCAAAGCUAACUCACCAAGGGCCUCACAAAGCAGUGGCAGCAAGAUCAAUGGAGGGUCACAUCACCUCUCCAACAGCUGUCAAAACCUCCAACUCUGAGAACCCCAGAAACACAACGAUGAAAACUCCACCUGCUACCCCAGUAACAAUAAAAAGUAACCCUUCCGCCAGUCCAGUGACCUUCACCCUGGCCACACCCAACAAGUCACACCCAGUUACCGAAGCCACCAUUGGCCCCACCUUGACUCUUUCAGAGUCACCCAUCACACCACCAGCCCCUACAGCUGGAACCAGUACAUCUGCUGUCAGCCACACAACUAGGAAGACCAUCCAACCCAGUGAACAGACCACUCUCCCCAAAACUUUGUCUACAAUACCUCACAAAAGCACAACCAGUCCGAAGCCUAGUCCACUCACCCAUGCCCCGGGAACAUCCCCAGGGUCACACAAUGUCACCCAAACAAUCCCACCUGCCACCAUAGUUCCUGGGCCCACCCUUGUACCUCAGCCAUCACCAGCCAAGACCGGAGUUUACCAAGUUCUAAAUGGAAGCAGGCUCUGUAUCAAAGCAGAGAUGGGGAUACAGCUGAUUGUUCAAGAAAAGGAGUCGGCUUUUUCACCUCCGAGAUACUUCAACAUCGACCCCAACACAACCCAAGCCUCUGGGAACUGUGGGUCCCGAAAUUCCAGCCUUUUCUUGAAUUUCAAGGGCGGAUCUGUGAAUUUCACAUUUACCAAGGAAGAAAAUUCGUAUUAUAUCAGUGAAGUGGAAGCCUAUUUGACCGUCUCAAAUCCAGAGAAAGCUUACAAAGGCAUGAAAAGUGCUGUGAUGAUGUUUGAGACGGUGGUUGGGCAUUCCUUCAAGUGUGUGAGUGAACAGAGCAUCCAGCUGUCCCCACAGCUUCAGCUGAAAACAAUGAACGUCCAACUUCAAGCCUUCGACUUCGAAGGAGAUCACUUUGGAAAUGUGGAUGAGUGUUCGUCUGACUACACAAUUGUGCUUCCAGUGAUUGGGGCCAUCGUGAUUGGCCUCUGCCUUGUGGGUAUAGGUGUCUAUACAAUCCGCCUAAGGCGUCAGUCAUCUGGAUACCAGAGAAUCUAAUUGGUGCCCAAGGGAAAUGGAAUUUAGAGAAUUCGUUCAUCGUUUUCAGUAUGUUGGGGGCUUAACUUAGGGUGUGGGUUCUUCCAAUGAUGUAAACCACCAUCUUCCUCUAAAACCAAAUUGUGAUUUAAGUUCAAGCAGCACAAUUUCUAAAUAUUUCCAAAUAUUUCACAAUUUCUCAAUAUUGUUCAUCUUAUGACUUAGUAUUUAAGAGUAUUUUCUAGCUUUCUUCAGAAUAUUGUAACCAAAAAUAAUUGAGAUACGUUGAAUCUACAUAAUGCAUGUAAAGUGGCAUGUGCCUCCAUAUUAUAAAAUGUCCAUUGUAAUUAAUGCUACUUGUGUUUGCAUUGAGAAUUUUAUUUUCCCCUUGAUCUUUUCCAGGUUAAAAAAAAAUGCCUUUGCUUUGUCUAUCAAAUGGACUUUCAGUGCUUUUACAUCUGUGUUUAUUUGAUGUACAUAUGCCUUAUGAGACUUAUCUCCUUUUUCAGUUUAAAUUUUCAAAAAGAUCAUCAGAAAGAACAACGUAUCUCAGGUUGUCUAGGUUUUUGAUGUGAGACCAACAUCAAAAUCUCGAUGAUUGCUGUUCCAGAUUUACUAAAUACUACAGACAACAGAAUUAAAUAAGCAAGCAGCAAUUACCAUGGCCCUAUCAAACACAUGUGUCAGAUACUAGGCUAAGGCAUUUACACACAUCUAAUUUAAUCCUCACAAUUUACAGAUUAGGAAACACAGAUUUAAGGGCUACAGAUCACUUAAAUAACCGUGCACUUAACGAGUGUCAGGGCCAGAAUUGGAAUUCAUGUUGGUCUGGUAUGAAGGUCUUUGAUAUUUUCAUGGUACCAAGUGGCCUACAAGAAUAAUGAGACUAAGUGCUACUCACACCUCCCACCCACAUCUGCUCCAUUUCUUCUGAGGAAAUGGAUGAACCCAGAAUCAUGAGACAUUAGGGUACAUGGUAGAUUGCUUAUAAUGAAAUAGUCCAUUUUUAAUAAAACUUCCCAGCUUCCUGAAAGAGACUGAGGAGCUCUGUAAAACAUGCACCAAUUUCCAACUUUUAUUUUUAUCUGUGUCUGUAAAGAUGAAGGAAAGCAAAACACUUCUCCAAGUUCCUUUUAUUCAAAAACCAAGAAUGCAGACCACAGAACGAUUUUUCUUUCUUGAAGGUAGAUAUCGCUCUCUUGUGGUAAGUUUCUGCUUCUGCAUGUUGUAGUCAUUUUAUUCUGCAGUUCACUUUAUUCUGCAGAGCAGCCAAAAGUAGUAUUCCUGCUGGGUUUUGCUGCUAAGGAAAGGAACAAAGUCAGAAUAUUAGCAACAAAGACCACAUGACCCUACCCUCAUGAGCAGAGUGGCAUUCAAUUCAACCUAGAGAACAUACUGACAUUCCUGACUUGUUCCCUUGUGAAUCCAUAGGAUCAGUAAGAUCCUAACUUUUGUCUUAAUGGAAUAUUAAGUGUAUUUAAAGAUUUUGUAAUAAAAUUUUAUUUUGAAGAUUUA